AUGUCGAUGUCGAUGUCGAUGACGUCCGCGGCGCUCGCGCCCGCGCGGGUCACAGCUAAGGCGACGAAGGCGCGAGCCGCGCGCGCUCUCCUCGCGCGCGCGUCGCCGUCCUCGGUCGCGGGGUCCGUCGUCUCGUCGUUCGUCUCGUCGCCCGACCGACUGACGACCGUCCCUCUCCCCCUCUCCCGUCCCCCCAUCCCGCGCCAGGCGAACGCGUCCGCGACGCGCCGAGGGGCCACCGCGCGCGCGCGCGCGACGGACGAGCGCGCGUCGCUCCCGAAAGAGUACACGUACCACACCCCCGGGAGCGUGCAAGAGACAGACGACGCGGUCGUGUUCGCGCAUCAGACGGACGCGGAGAAGGCGAAGUGGUCCGACGCCUCCGUGCAUCACGUCGGCGACGACAGCGACGCCCCGGUUCGCGUCGGCGUCGUCAUCGGCGAGUUCCACAACGUCCUGAUGGACAGGAUGCUCGAGGACGCGCGCGUCGCGGCGAUCGCGAUGGGCGCGACCGUGGACGAGGUCGUCUGGGUUCCCGGGACGUACGAAGCCCCGCUCGUGGUGGAACGCAUGCUCGAGAACGACGCGUUGGACGCGGUGUGCGUGAUCGGAUACAUCGAGAAGGGCAGCACGCUGCACGGCCAGGAGAUGGGGGCGACGUGCUCGCUGAUUUUCAAGCAGCUCGAGCUGGAGUACAACAAGCCCGUGGGGAUGGGAAUCAUCGGCCCGGGCGCGACGGCGGAGCAGGCGGAGGGACGGGUCGCGUACGCAGGGAACGGCAUGCGCGCGGCGAUAAGGAUGGCACGGUACAUGGCGAGGACGGUUUAG